UCGAAACAUUUAAAGCCAUCCACACAAGUCAAAUAAAAUUUUCUAAAUUUGAAUUGUAAUUAGUUUUUUAGUUUUUCUUUGUCUGCAAUGUUUGCUCCCAGUGCUGUUUUUAGUGUUGCUCUUAAAUUUUAUUUGCUUUUAUUGUUAAAAGAUAUUCUCUAUAAGCUUAUGGUUUCCCAACUUUUCCAAACACAAUAAUAAUAAACUUGAACAAGUGAUGUUUAAAAUAUUUCCAAUUCUCACAUACUUUUGUAGUUUCUCCCACAAACUUUCAUUUAUACCAUUGGAAUUUGUUUUGACCUGCAGCCAAAGUCCUUAAUUUUCCUUAAAAUUUCCCUUUUAUCCCACAGCUUUGAAAAUUUUCCUGAGGAAAUUGUUGAUUUGGAAAAACCAUCAAAUACUGUUCUUUGAUUUUAUUUUAAUGUCUGUUUGCACUGACAGAAGCUUUAUUAGCUUGUAGCGCCACCAAGUAUAACCACCGAAGAGCUGCUGUCUUAAAAUCAUUCUUAGUUUCAUUCAAAGUUUUGCCACAGCAUGAUAGUAUCAGAUAUUUUAUCAAGAUAUUUUUGUAGUUUUGCUGACUAUUCGGCUGAAUAAAACAAUAAAAAUAAAUAGAAUUUUAACUUUGAAAAGGAACUAAGGGGUUCAACUAUAUCUAUCAACAGAUUUUGUUAAUUAUUAAAAAUAUUAAUAUUAAAUAUUAAAAGUAUUUUGUGUAAAUAUAUGACCUAGUUUUACUUUGAAAUUAUUUAUUGGAUGUUAAAAAAAAACUAUAUCUAUGAACAGCCUUUGCAUUUAUCACAAGCUCUACUGAUUGUGAGGCCAAAAGAUAUUGAGGUAAAAACAAUUGAAUAAAAUGUCACUUUCCUGACAACUGUGAUUAAUAUUAAGUUCAGCUAGUUUAUAAAAACUCAAAAAAAUGAAGAAGAACUGAGGUUUUUUUUUUUUCAAAUGUUUUAUGUCUGUGGCUUUUAUUAUCAAAUAUGUUGCACUUGAGCGCCUCUGACACUACAAAGUGACUCAUGGUGCUUAAACGUUCUUCCCUGUGGGACUUGUUUUACACUGACAGAAAACUAUUUAAACGUGAAGGACUUCCUCAGCUUUUUGUUCACAAGCCCUUUGGUUGUACAAAUCGUGAGGCAAAAGUGUUACAGCGUCUUUGAAGAAGGAGCCCAGAAACUCCUCUUUACCUUGAUACAUGUACUUUGUUGUUAAAAAAAAAAAAACAUUUUCAUGAAAAUAAAUAACUGUUUUUUUUUUACGUUUUGCAACAAAUCUAAAAAUGUGAGUGAUUGAUUUUAUGUUGAUUUGAUUCUGAUAUAUUAUUUUAUUUCUCAUGUCAUUCAUUUUCACAUUUUAACAUUUGCAGUUCUCAAUAAAAAAUAUUGUCAAAAAAGGGAGUGUCAUAAAUGUUCAAAGAUUAAAAAGAAAAAAUUGGUAAUGCAUGUAUCCAAAAAAUAAAAUAAAAGCUCUUUCAUACAUCAUAAACUCUUGCAAUAUUACACAACAUCAUUGUGUGACCUGAAUUAAAUAAUAUUAGCUCUAAAAAAAUAUGUAAUUAUUUGAAUCAAGUCAUUACUUUUAAUUACUUUACUCUACUUUUAAUUUAAUUAUAAGAACAACCAUUGCAUUAAGAGUUUCAAUAAUUGUUUUUAUUUUAAAAUUAAAUGAAUUUAAACCAUUUACUUUCACUCAAACAUCUGAGAUAAAAACAUUGAGGUUUCCUUUAUUCUGGUGUUUUAACCACUGACAUUUCUUUCUAUUAUUACUGGUUUUACAGUAACACUCAUUUUACAAUCAUGCGCCGUGUGACCAGCAGAGGGAGUUAUCCAUCAAGCUAACGUGAUGGAGAAAUAAUCACAUAAGUGACUUUGUUUCAUACAUUUUCGUCUAUUUAAAUAGGAAAAUUCCAAAAGGCUUGCAAUUCUCAGAAGGAUAUAUUAACCAAAAACGUAUAUCCCAAUGUUGUAAACAUGAAUAAUAGAUCACUUAUAUAAAAGUUUGUUGUUUUAAAUGAGAUUUUAAAAUAUGUUCUAAACUUGAAUCAAAUUCUUUGUUUUAGGACAAACAAUAAUCUGUUUUAAAAAUGGAAGAAAUAACAUUUCUCUUCCGAGAUUUUAUAUCUGAAUAGCUUUCACGCGACUCAUCUUGUUUUAUAAGUGCAAUAAAGUCCUUGAGCUGGGAAAAGUUGAAAUUUCCUGCAGCCAAAUAUGGGUAAAACAGAGAGUAGUAAAUGUGGAAAGAUGAGUCACUCUGGCACACUUUAUGCCAAAAGACAAAUCAAUAGGAAUUUCUUCAAUCCUUUUUGAAUUUUUAAUGUCAAAUUCAUUACUAUUACCUAUUAAUGUUUUUGUUGUAAAAUUUUAGAGCAGUUGCUAUGGGUAACUUUGAUUAGGAGCUGCGCGUUGUGGACAGCCUGUGAUGAAUAGACGAUCUUUGUAAAAGGGCGUGGUGCUUCACAUCGGGAAGUUUCUGUCAGGAGGUGAGGCUUCAUAGCUUUUGAUGAAUCAAGCCUAAAAUCUGAAGGGCGAAAAGGGCGACUUUCUACUGUAGAAUGCUUUUAUUUUUCUAACUGGAAUUAUUCCGUGCAGAGAUAACUGAGAAAGAAUAACUGCUCAUCUGAAACGACUUUUAGGGAGGAUGGGGCUGCUGUCCACACUGAAAUCCCAGUUCAUCUGCCACCUGAUCAUCUGUUAUGUGUUUCUGGCGAGUGGCAUCCUUAUCAACCUGCUUCAGGUGUGCACCUUACCUGUGUGGUUGGUCAGCAAGCAGCUGUUUCGUAGGAUCAACAUCCGGCUGGGGUACUGCAUCGUCAGUCAGGUAGUUGCAGUCCUGGAGUGGUGGUCGUGCACUAAAUGCACACUCUACACCGACCCAGCAAGCCAUCUUCUGUAUGGAAAAGAGAAGGCGAUCGUCAUCCUCAACCAUAAGUUUGAGAUUGACUUCCUGUGCGGCUGGACCUUCUGUGAGCGGUUUGGAGUUCUGGGGAGCUCAAAAGUUUUAGCCAAACAGGAGCUGGCAUAUGUGCCAGUGAUCGGCUGGAUGUGGUACUUCCUGGAGAUAGUUUUCUGCAAGAGGAAGUGGGAGGAGGACCGAACGUUGGUGGCCCAAAGUCUUCAGAAACUGCGGGAUUACCCAGAAAACUACUGGUUCCUACUGUUUUGUGAGGGAACACGCUUCACCCCAGAGAAGCACCAGGCCAGCAUGCAAGUGGCUGAGAGUAAAGGUUUACCUAAACUUAAGCACCAUCUUCUGCCCAGAACCAAAGGGUUCUGGGUUACGGUCCAAAACCUCAGAGGAACUGUCUCAGCUGUUUAUGAUUCCACUCUGAACUUCAGGAACAACGAAAAGCCCACCAUGCUUGGAGUCCUCAACGGGAAGAAGUAUCAUGCAGAUUUAUACGUUCGGAGGAUUCCUCUUGAGUUGAUUCCUGAGGAUGAGAAGGAAUGUGCUGCCUGGCUCCACAAACUUUACCAGGAAAAGGACAGCUUCCAGGAGCAUUAUGAAAAGACCGGAUGCUUCCCUGGCUGUGACAUGAGUCCUCCCCGUCAAUCAUGGACUCUGAUCAACUGGAUCUUCUGGUCCUGUGUGGUUCUCUACCCUCUGGUUCUCAUGCUCACUCACGUAAUCAGCUCCGGAUCGGUGCUCACCAUCAUUGUGGCCGUGGUGGUCUGCUCCGCAGCGUCAGUGGCAGUUCGGGGGAUGAUUGGCCAGACUGAGAUUGGAAAAGGCUCCAAAUAUGGCAACAGGGAGGUUCCUCCCAACAACAGUAAAGGAAGCAGCUAAGGGUUGAGAACACCAGCCAGACGAGACUGGGUCUGCUCAACAAGUUCCGACCUGCUCCACUCACCUCUGAUCAGACUAAAACACGCGUGCAGCUAAGACCCGCCUUUUCACUGUUCAAGGGAAACUAAAUCAAGCGGCGCAAAGAUGGACUACCUCUUUGAGGAGCUACAAUACCAUUGAUAAUAAACAUUUAAAGGCAUCAUUUGAUGUUGCUUGUGCAUGAGAAAUGUAAAAAAGCGAACACCUCCUCUAGUCGUGAGCACAUUUUUGAACCAAGUGCCUCCAGUCAAAGCUGUCAAGAAAAAGAUGCUGCCAUAUGAGGAACCGCUCAAGGAGAAGUAACCGGAUUACAGCCUCAACCUGUUGUGGUCCACACAAAUGAGUGGGAGACAACAUAACACUUAACAGCACUGCAGUGUUAGAACAAAAAGUAUUAUCAUUUCUAUUUGUUCUGAAUGGUGUCAACUAACCAUCUUCAAAAGGAAUUAAGGAUCAAACCUUAAAAAUACAAAAUGAUUUUCUUCCCGCUGCUGUACAUGUGCUGCACUCAUCUCUUGGCUUUUUGCAGCAUUUAUUUUUUCAGGUUUUUUUUUUUCCAAAAAUAAAAUGAAUUUUCUCAUAAAUGUAAAAUGUUUCCUUAAUAUAUUAAACAAAAAUGGGUUUUAAAUCCAAAAUGUGUUUUUUUAAUUGCUCAACAAAUUAAAACCGUGCAUGCUUUUAUGUGCAUGAAGUUGUAAUGUUCACAUAAAUAGGUUCAAUUUUAAACAGCUUUUCGUGUUUUAGUGUUUCUGCACACUUGUUCUGAUAAAUUUGAUGUGAUAUUAAAAGUCUUUAAGGAGCCAGUAAUUAUA